AGAUGAGUGCGUCAUCUCAACCAAUUGAUUUUUCUCGGCAUCAGUUCUACGGGAAGACUUCGCGAGGCACCAUCCUCGGAACUCACACUGUUGGGCUUGGAUAUGUCGUUGUUAUGUUCGUCCUUCUUUUUUGGUUAGAAAUUUUUGAAGUGAUACCAAUAUUGUUUACGGACUCUGUCGGGCUGCUGGCGACAAAUUUAAUACUUUUUAUCUACAUUAUGAUCAAUGCUGUUGGAAACUAUUUCUACGUAGUAACGACUGACACAUCUCAUAAAAGGGUGGAGAAAUUCAGCGAGGGGCGCGAUGGAGAUUUCUAUUGCCAAUCGUGCGAACAAAAUUCGCCUCCAAGGUCACAUCAUUGUUCGUUUUGUGACAGGUGUAUAGUUAGGCGUGACCAUCAUUGCUUCUUUGCGGCAGCCUGCAUUGGUCACGCAAAUGCGCGUUUCUUUGUCGUAUUUAAUUUUUUCGCAUUCGUCGGAUCAGCUUAUGUGGCGAUCAUAAACUUAUUUUAUUUACAUCUGAAAAUCGGUCCUUUGAUUCCUCUCAGUUUUGAGGCCAUCUGCAAAGUUGUUCCACUUUUGACAGUCUUUAAAGUAUGGAAUGGAAGUGUCACGUUGUAUUAUUUCUUGGUGGUUGUUGUGACAUGGCUAUGUAUUGUUCAAACUCUGGGUUGUGCCAGCUGUUGCUUCUUUCAACUGACAUUGAUUUUCUCUGGGCAAACAACCUAUGAAUGGCAACAUAAAAAUUUCAUUUACAGCAAAGGUUGGAAGAAAAACUUCUAUGACAUUUGUGGACAAAAGUGGUACCUCUGGUGGUUUUUCCCUAUUUUUCAGUGGCAAAAACUUGCAUCAAGGGAGGAAGAAUAUUAUGCACAGUAUAGUUCUAAAACAUCAAAGUAUGUCUGAGUACAUAAUUAUCAUGAUAAUGGUCAAUCAUUUAUUUUGCUUUCUCAUCCAAGUAUCCACAGAAGUAUCUUACAUACUCGUCUAUGAUAGGCUCAAUAAUCUGCCACUGUUUGGGAAUAUGAGCCCACACUCCCCCCCCUUGAACCAGGGAGGAGCAAAAAGUGGUCAGGAGAGAGCAGCAAAAAUUGAGCUUAAUCUAUGAUUACUCUACAUUUUCUUCAAAGAAGGGGAAGUUCACUUUGAGUAUCACUUGUUCCACUUUAGAUCACCUUGAAGGGCAACCUUGUUGUGGUCAGAUAUUUAGAAGUAACCUCUACCUUUUUCUUUGGCUUAUUUUGCCAAUGCCACACUUCUUGCACUAAAAUUAUCACCAGUCCCUAUUGACUGAGGGUUCAGAGCAGGCAUGCUUGUUUGUAAGGGAUUUCACAAGAAAUGACAACCAACCUGAGUUGAUUUAAGUGUAUAUUGUUCACACUCUUAAUGGUGAUUCAACUUGAACUACAAAUCUAUAAAUCAAUCUAGGCUAUUGUCAAGAAGCCCUUAGCCUUAAAAGAUAUCUCAUGUGGGGGAGCAUGAUACUAUGUUUUCAUGCAUUGUUUAAUAACAUAGACUUAGCUAAUACAAAAUACUAUUCUACAUUACCCCAAUACAAUUCACUAAAUUACUGUGCCAAGUUAAUAACGUACUAUAACAAGAGGGUAAGAGGGGUUUCUGCAUGAUGAGGGGAUAAAGUGAUCAAGGGAUUAAUUUUUGUGGCCUGUGAGAAGAUGAAAUUAACACCCUCAGAACUGUGAAUUUUUGGCAUUUACGGUAAUUAACGAUUUGCAUGUUGUGUGCACAGGACCCCCCCACUCUACCUCCUCUAAAAAUCACACACAGACACACCCGCCCACACCCAUGCACACACACUUGAAAUAAGUAAGGGUAGGAGAAGGGUAUGAGCUGCAAGAGGCUUUAUCCUAGUGAAGAAUCAUUUGGUUUCCUAUUCAGGUUUUAUUUUUAUUUUGUUGCAACAACAGAAAUUAAAUGUGGACUAAAAAAAAAGAAGAAUUGAUGACUGAAAAUAACAAAUGA